AUGGUGGAGUUUGUGUUCGUGUUCGGGGCUCACUCGUGGCUGAAGAAUAUCAUGGGUGGAUUGAUGACGCUGCAAGACGAGCAGAUUAAGAGCGGGAUUCACAUAUCUUUCCAAGGCCAUGAAGGCGUGGUGGAGCGUUUGUUUCUGCAAGGGUUUUCAUUGCGGCAGUACGAUAAGGGGCUGGCGUACAUCCCGAACAGUAUCAUGCUGGAGAAUGCUGUGACCGUUCAGAGCAAGAAUCUGGACCGACGCUGCGUCAUUCCCGUGCAUCUAAGUCACUCAACGCCAACGACAGCGCUGCGCGUGUUUAUUCAGGAGCUGGACAACUUCCUCAUGCUGCACAUGAUCAACCAGCGCACGAACGCGAAGGCUGACGUUCUUGGGCUUGAAAAGCCAAGCGGUGGCUGGAACAUGAUGAACGUGUACGAGCGCAGUAAGAAGCUGGCAACGGAAGAAGCGCAACCACAAGGCCGCUUCUGGAUCAGCAUUGAGGCGCCGUACCUUGUGCACGUAGUGUACUACUCCCAGGAGCGGCAUAUCAAGGGACUCUUGACGGAGAAGACUGAGAUUGUGCUCCAGAUAACGGAUCUGAUGACGAAGCUUAAGCUGAGCUUACACGAUGAAGAAGGAGGAGGCCGCGCUAGCCCUCCGGCACCGCUUCCUGAAGUCGUGACCAAUCGCCGGCGGAGGCGGGCACCACCUGCCAGCGAGCCACUUGGACGACGAGUCCUGAACGAGUUCAGCGACGGCAAUAUGUUGCGCCACCGUCGACCUCACGAUAACCGUGGGGAAUUUGUAUAA